UUGAGCUUUGGCUCUCGCGGGGCUGCUGCGUGAAGAUGGCGGCCGAGCUAGUGGAGGCGAUGAACAUGGUGAAAAGCUUCAGAGUGUCGGAUCUCCAGAUGCUGCUAACCUCCAUGGGUCGCAGUAAGAGCGGCCUUAAGCAGGACCUGGUGGGCCGGGCCCUGAGGCUGGUGCAGAAGGAGUACAGCCCGGAGCUGCUGCUGAACAUCCGCCAACUGUACGAGUCGCGCUUCCCCAAGGCGCCCAACUGGGUCGCCGCCAGGCGGCCUGAAGUUGUCCCGGGGUCCUACCCCAUCCACAGCUCCCAGCCCACCAGCACCACCAUACAGGGCACAGACUACCUCAAUGGGAUCCCCAAGCCGUCCCCCUCCCCUGCUGCCGAGGUGAAGCUGGCGUCUCUUCCCUUCUACCAGACCCUGGAGACGCUGCUACCCCCUACAGAGCUAAUUCCCCAGAACGGUGAGAAACUGCAGGACAGUCCGUGUGCGUUCGAGCUGACACAGAGCCAAGUGGACCAGAUCAGAAACUGCAGAGAACUUCGCCCAGGAAUAAAGUCUAUCCAGGUGGUUCUAAGAAUCUGCUACACAGACACCUCCAGCGUACAGGAGGACCAGUACCCCCCUAAUAUUGCAGUCAAAGUAAACCAGUCCUACUGUCACGUACCGGGAUACUACCCUUCUAAUAAACCCGGCGUGGAGCCACGUCGACCUUGCCGCCCGGUCAACAUCACGCCCUGGCUGCACCUCUCCACCGCCACCAACCGCAUCACAGUCACGUGGGGCAACUUUGGAAAGCGGUACUGCGUGGCUCUGUACCUGGUGAGGGUCUUCACAUCCGCAGAGCUCUUCAGCCAGCUAAAGCACUGCUCGGUGGAGAGCCCGGAGCGCUGCCGCGAACGCAUCCAAGAUAAGCUGCGAUUCGACCCUGAGAGUGAGAUCGCCACCACAGGGCUGCGUGUGUCACUCAUCUGCCCGCUGGUGAAGAUGCGCCUGGGCGUGCCAUGCCGUGUGCUCACCUGUGCUCACCUGCAGUGCUUCGACGCAGUCUUCUUCCUGCAGAUGAACGAGAAGAAGCCCACCUGGACCUGCCCGGUGUGCGACAAGCCCGCCCCCUUCGAGCUGCUCACUAUUGAUGGGCUUCUGUCUGAGAUCCUAAAGGAGACCGAGGAUGUGGAGGAGAUUGAGUACCUAGCUGACGGCUCGUGGAGGCCAAUCCGUGAGGAGAAGGAGAAGGAGCGUAGCAGUACACCAGAGUGCCCCCUGCUGGACAUAUGCUCCCCAGAGGCAAACGGCCACUCCCCGGCCCACAGCAGCACCAGCCAGAGCGGCAGGUCAGCUCCGGCGGGCACAGCUCCGGCACCGUCUGCACCAGCGGGGGGCGCCGUGGUGGAUCUGACGCUGGACUCGUCAUCUGACGAGGAGGAGGGAGGAGGAGGGGGAGCGGGAGACAGCGAGGACACAGACGACAGCCAGGACAGUCCCCCGCCUAAGAAAGGCCGAUACGACUACGAUAAGGACCUGGUCACUGCGUACUGACCGCUGGGACCUACGGACUGAGGGGGUGGGGAUUUGGGGGUAGAGCCGAGGAUGGAGUCUUUCGCCAUUUCCUGUAUCCCCUCUCUUAGACACACACAAAUAAACACACACCCACACAUACACUGUCAGUCUCUGGAUGAGUUACGCUUCCUCAAAACACCACUGCAAAAAGAAAUAAUAAAUAAUAAUAAUGAUAAAAACACUGCUACCCCAGCACCAAUUGCCCCUCCCCCCGCCAUCCCCACCAUACGGAAACCAAAAGGCCAUAUAAACCCAGCAGCUCACAGCUCUCCUCCAAAAUCUCCUAUAUUCCAGUAAUCUCACACUUUCCUCUUCUUUUCACGGAAGAUUACAGAAGAGACUCGAGACCACUCCCCUCUGAGAUGAGUAGCGAUAAUAACUUUAACAGGCAUGCAACAACAGGUCUGGAAAGACUUUAGAGAGGGAAAAGCUCAGAUCAUGAGUAACGUGGCACAAAAGUUAUCGUCUGUGUACAGCACACUGAUACGAUCCCCUUGUUUUUCCAACGCCUCAGCUCCAUUUUUAAAGAUUUUGAAAUGGGGAGGGAAGGGCGGGUACGGCAGUCAUAUUUGGAAACCCAGCAUACCCUGGAUUUAGAGUUUUGAGUUAUGUGUCUAAGCUGACCAACCUACCUCAGUCCAACGUUGCAAAUACGACAGCGAGGAGUCUUGGUGGGGGUGGGGGAAUGGGAGGGAGUCGAGGACUGGAAUCACUUUUGUGUAUGAACACUGGAGACAAGGAAAUUAGUUUUAUUACUGAAAUUUUAUGUUUUUUUUUCUGCGCUUUGGCAGAGAAAAUUGAGCCUUUUCUUAGUAUAGGAUUCCAGUUAUUAGAAGUGGAGUUUCCAUCUGAACAUAAGAUCACAGGUACUGUUUAGGGACUGAUAAUACAAGCUUGACUCCAAUGGCGCUGUAAUUUUGACUCCAUUUUGGCUCUGUUUUUAACAGGAUCUGAGGGGGCUUACCUUUUAAUACUGACUGAAUGAGGUGUGAUCAUAAUUAAGACACUAUUGUGCUGUGGACUGCUGCAACUGUGCUGAGAUGUAUUUGGCCAGUGAUUUGGAGCAAGUGACAAACCAGGUUAAUCAACCCAUGAGUAAUCAACAGGUGGGUUCUCCAUAUUCGUUUUGGCACUAGUCUCAUUCCCAUAGGUCAAAACUUUUUUUUUUCUUGUUAUUUUAUUUGUCUGUUUGUUUUUGUCAAGAAUGCAAUAAUUUUUGGGUGGGGUGGACUGGGCUACAGAGCAAAGUGUUGAUUCAUUCUUUGCCUGAUGGCGAGGAGUAGGGGCAGGAGUGUGGAACCUCCUUUCGUUUGCCCCCCGUCAUCCUGGUGUUCUGGCAUCAGAGGCGGGACUCACACUGACGGUUGUUUUCCGGAAGGAGCAGCGGAAUGCCCAGAGCUGCCCAGCUGCUCUCGGUCUGCCCCCUAGCUGUUUGCCCAUCAGGUGGUGCUUUUGUGAUUGGUCGGUGCCCGUUUGUGCAUCUGCAGGUUCUCUUCCCUUCUUCGUUGCAGCGUUUAUGCCGGUUGGAGGCUCUGUCUUUGGUGACGCCCAUCAGCCAUAUAAAUGCGGGCUUUACUUCAGCAAAGCAGGGCUGCAGGUCUUCCCUCAUGGAGCAGUGGGGGAAGGUGGGCCAGGCUGGAACUGAACCGCUUCUUGUAAAUAUCGCCGUGUGCCCCUGCUUCUAACUAAAUUUGACCGUAAAACACAAUAUUCCAGAGACUGGGGGCAGUUGUGCAAAGGGCUGUCGUUAGAUCACAUGCUUAUUUGUCUACCUUUUAGCUUUUGCCUUUGCCUCACUUGAAAUAAUUAUUCAGGUUCACCCAAGUAUAACACAGCUAGUCAAGAGGAAUCUGGAGAUCUGUUGUAAAAGCAGGUAAAUGGAUGGAACAUACUGUAAACCAUAAGAGUUGGUUUACGGGAUGCUGACUGUGUGUGUGUUGUGUGUGUCUGAGAGCGUGAAUGUGUGU